AUGGCUCCUCGAGUCGAGCAGGUGGAACGAAUGGAAUUACCACCAGUCUCCGAUGACUGGGCAGUACAUGCCUUCACUAUAGGCUUGAACGAACGAAGCUCGGAGCAAAGAUUUACAGAAAGGGAGCCAAGAUCAAACAAAGAAAGAUACCAGCCAUAUGUAGAAGAUCGAAGAAACGCUCCCAGGCAUAACACGCCUCGAGGCGAUCGAAGGAUGGAUCGAGGUCAAAAUUCCCAGGGACUCGUGGGUAAAGCCGGGUUCGAUAGGCACACUGGGCCGGUAGAGGCACCAUGGCUAUCUGAGUGCAACUUCAACGUCGAUGUCUCGGGCAUCGUAUCAGCCAUAGGGAAAAUCAAAGAUGCCAGAUGGCCAAAACCCGUACUAUCAGAUCCUUCACAAAGAAACCCCAACUUGAUGUGUAAGUAUCACGGAACUCACGGUCACAGGAUCGAGGAUUGCAGGCAGCUUGGGGAGGAGGUAGCCCGUUUGUUCAACGAAGGGCAUCUUCGUGAAUUUCUCAGUGACCGGGCUUAA